GGUCAUAGGUUUUCACCCGGGAAAGAAAGAGAGUUCCAACUAUUCAUGAAUUAAUUGUAUAACAUAAUAUAGACAUGAAACGCAUGCUAGUGUGGGUUUCCUUAUCGUGUUAAAAUCAAUGUAUGAAGUUAACCGUCUCUCUAGUUUAUUGGUCUCUGGUUAUGUGUGCUUGUCGUGUACAUGUAAAAUAUUUCUUUCUUUUAGCCAUAAACUUUUAUUGCACUAGAAAAAAAUAGAAGUUAUGAACUAAUCUCAGUUAUUUGUUAAGUGUGUUAUCAUUUGUAAAAAGUAUACACAAUGGAUUCAUCUAAAGAUAGUAAGCGACGACGAGACAAAUACGAGGAAGAUGAUGAAAAACGCAGGCAAAAGCGGUCCAGAAGGGAACGGUCUAGAUCUAGAUCAUAUGAGGACAGGCGCGAUAGAGAUUCCAGACGUAAACGUAGGCAUUCUAAGUCCCGAUCACCCGAUGUUCCAGUCAAAAAUGAAAAGUUUGACAAUGGACCACGUAGAGACUCUGAGAAGCUAAAGGAAGUCCCUGACAGGCCCGAAAGAAAGGCUAAAGAGACGGACAUGUUGAACACGAGAACAGGAGGUGCCUACAUACCGCCAGCACGUCUGCGUAUGAUGCAAGCCCAGAUCACAGAUAAAUCUUCUAUUGCAUACCAAAGAUUAGCUUGGGAAGCUCUAAAGAAGUCCAUACACGGCCACAUUAACAAAAUCAACGUCGGCAACAUCGGUAUUAUAAUUAAAGAAUUAUUGAAAGAGAAUAUUGUGCGUGGUAGAGGUCUGCUGUGUCGUUCAGUGAUACAGGCCCAAGCAGCUUCACCAACCUUCACUAAUGUGUACGCAGCGCUCGUGGCUGCCGUGAAUUCCCGCUUUCCUAACAUCGGAGAGUUGUUAUUAAAAAGGUUGGUGAUACAGUUCAAAAGAGGUUUCAAACGUAAUGACAAAGCAAUUUGUAUAUCAUCCGCCUCAUUUAUUGCGCAUUUAGUGAACCAGAGGGUUGCUCACGAGAUCUUAGCUUUAGAAUUGUUAACAUUACUUGUAGAGACACCUACAGAUGAUUCUGUGGAAGUGGCGAUUGCUUUUUUAAAGGAAUGCGGGCAGAAACUGACCGAAGUGUCUUCAAAGGGAGUUAAUGCUAUAUUUGAGAUGUUGAGGAACAUCCUCCAUGAAGGCCAAUUGGACAAGAGGGUGCAGUACAUGAUUGAAGUGAUGUUCCAAGUGUGGAAGGAUGGAUUUAAGGAUCACCCAGCCCUGAUUGAGGAGUUAGAGUUGGUGCCUGAAGAGGAACAGUUUACACAUUUGUUGAUGCUAGAUGAUGCUACGGACCCACAAGAUAUCUUGAAUGUCUUCAAAUUUGAUGAUAAAUAUGAAGAAAAUGAACAGAAAUAUAAAACAUUAAGCAAAGAGAUCCUCGGCUCUGAUGGGGAAUCUGGUGAGGAGGAUGGUUCCGGAGAGAGUGGCAGCGAGGAGUCUGAAGAGGAAGAGGAAGAAGAGAAAAAGGAAAUGACCAUUAUUGACAACACAGAAACCAAUUUAGUAGCACUGAGACGCACCAUUUACCUCACAAUCAACUCCAGUUUGGACUUUGAAGAGUGCGCACAUAAGCUCAUGAAGAUGCAGCUCAAGCCUGGACAGGAAGUGGAACUCUGCCACAUGUUUCUCGACUGCUGUGCUGAACAGAGAACAUAUGAGAAGUUCUAUGGACUAUUAGCCCAACGGUUCUGCAAUAUCAACAGAAUGUACAUAGGUCCGUUUGAGGAAAUAUUUAAGGAUUCCUAUGCAACUGCUCAUAGAUUGGAUACUAACAGAUUAAGAAAUGUAAGCAAGUUCUUUGCGCAUCUUCUUUUCACUGAUUCCAUCAGUUGGGAGGUUUUAGAGUGUGUCAAAUUGAAUGAGGAAGAUACUACAAGUUCAAGUCGUAUUUAUAUCAAGAUUCUGUUCCAAGAAUUAGCUGAAUAUAUGGGUUUAAAGAAAUUGAAUGACCGUCUCCAAGAUCCAACAUUGCAGAGUGGUUUUGCAGGUAUAUUCCCGCGGGAUAAUCCAAGAAAUACCCGGUUUUCUAUCAAUUUCUUCACAUCUAUUGGAUUGGGAGGAUUGACGGAUGAGUUACGUGAACAUUUGAAGCAAAUGCCAAAGAAUGUUCCAGCACCCAUAACAGAUAUCACUAUUGAUGGUGAGUCAAGCUCAGAUUCCAGUUCGAGCUCCAGUUCAAGCAGCAGUAGCUCCGACUCCUCGUCCAGUGACUCCAGCUCUAGUGAAGAUGAAGACAAGAAUAAGAAGAAAAAAGAAAAGAAGAAAUCAAAAAAGAAGAGCAAAGAUAAGACGCCAAAAACUCCAGAAGAAAACAAUGAUGCGGAAAAAAAUAAAAAUGUUGAAAGAUGGGGCCAUGAUGGUUUCUAUGACACAUAUGGCAAAGAUGCUCGCAGGAUGGAAUCCAGACCUGACAGGGACAGCGAAAGAAACGACAGAGAUCAAUUCACUAGACCUCGCGACAUCAGACAAGGUGACAGAGAUUGGAACAAUGAUCAACAAAAUGGUGAUAGCAGAAGAAGAUUUGAUAGAGACAGAUCUGAUGAUCCGCGCAGAGGUAAUGAUAGGAGACGUGAUAGAAGUCCAGAUAAUUCGAGAAGGGGACGCGUUAAUGAUACAGGGUCUGAAGAAAGUAAAAGAUAUGAUGAUUUUAGGACUAGGCGACGUGACAGAGAUGAGGAUGACAGGGAAUUUAACAGAGUUGUUAGAGAAGCUGAGUCGAGAGAAUCUAACAAGCGAAGCAGUAAAGAUAACACCAAUGAAUCAAACAGGAAGGCUAAAGAAGACGAAGGUCGAGAUUCAAGAAGGCGAGUGAGAGAAGAUUAUGCCAGUAACUCAAGUAGACGACCAAGAGAUGAAGAUGAUAGAGAACCAAGACGCACGGAGGACGAUGAUAUCAGGGAUUCAACUAGGCAGAUGAGAGAACAAAAUGGCAGGGAAUCAAAUAGGAAGGCAAGAAAUGAAGACGGUAAAGAACUUAGACGGCGCGUGGUAGAAGAGGAUGAAAGGGAUUCGAUCAGGCGUGCUAGAGAUGAUGAUAGUAGAGACCCAAGCAGGCGAGCAAAAGAAGGUGAUAGGGAAUCAGUCAGGCGAGCCAGAGAUGACGAGACAGAAUCAAGCAAACGAGACAGAGAUAAUGAGCGAGAUUCAGGCAGAGGAGUGAGGUAUGAUGAAAGAGAAUCAGGCAGACGAACGAGAGAUGAUCAGAGAGAUUUAGCCAAACGAGCAAGAGAUGAUGAAAAAGAAACAGGUAGACGAGCGAGAGAUGAUGAAAAAGAAUCAGGCAGACGAGUGAGAGAUGUUGAUAGAGAAUCGGGAAGAAGAACGAGAGAUGAAGAUAGAGAGUCAAACAAGCGAGCGAGAGAUGAUGAUAAAGAUUCGAGCAGGAGAGCCAAAGAAGAUAAUGGAAAGGAAACUAGCAGAGGCACAAGAGAUGAAGAUGAUAAAGAAUCCAACAGGCGGGCAAGAGAAGACAGUGACAAGGAACUACGUAAGCGAUCUAAAGAUGAUGAUAGUCGGGAAUCAAGCAGACGUGCGAGGGAUGAUGAAGAUAGGAAAUCGAGCAGGCAGGCGAAGGAAGUUGACAAGGAGUCAAGUAGGCGGGCCAAAGACGAUGACGAUAAGGGCUCGAGCAGGCGCGAUAGAGAUGACAGAGAGUCUAGUAGACGGACUAGAGAAGAAAGCAACAAGGACAUGAACAAACGGACAAGAGAUGAUGAUACAGAUGCAAGCAGGCGGCCGAGAGAAGAGGAACGGCAAAAAGACAAGUCUAAACCUAAAAAUGAAAAUAAAGACAGAUAUAAUAGAGACAACAAGCGCGAAGAGAGUGAAUCUUCGACAGACAGCAGUGAAGAUGAAAAGAGUAGAAAACGACAGAAAGACCGGAAAAAAUCGAAGAAACAUAUGCAACAGAAAGAAGAAAGCAGUACAAGUGAUGAUUCGAACAGCGAAGAUAGUUCUGAUAGUGAUGAUUCAGAUAGUGAUAAGAGUACACACAAUGUUAAGAGAUAUUGGGAUAGAUUUGAUAUUAAUAAAAAUCCUGAAAAAACGCCAGAGAAAUCUGGGAAAAGUCGUGAUAGAAAGCGACAGCGUUCUUAGCGCGCACAUAAAUAUAGGAUAAAAUGUGUUAGUUUUCCGUAAUAAAUAAUUUGUAUGUAUGUACAAAAA